GGAUGCCAUUCGGGGCGAUGGGCACAGACUGUGAGAGCUGGCUGUAUGUAUAUUGUUCUGGGGCUGAAUGUGGUGGUACAAACAAGAGCAAGCGAGUUGGGGCCGCUUUGGACCGGCUGACGAUGAUGUCCUUACGAAAUACAGUGCCUGUCGAGUCAGGUUGGGGGCGGUAGCCGUGGGAGAUCAUUAGCGGGGAGGGGGCAUCCGUAGACAAUGGUGGUAAUAGAAGCAUUCGUGUGUGAUUGUGGUCGUGCGGUGCGAUGCCGUGUAUGCAUGUUGCGGCGGUGCAAAAAGACAGCCGGGGUCCCUGCCGGUUGUGCAGGCAAACUACUGUGUGAGAGCGGAGGUCGCAGAGUCGUGUGUCUCGUCAGUCCGGCAGGGGAGGGCAGCCAAUGGGUGCAUGCCAAAAUAACGGAAGCCGGGGCAGCGAGCCACCCCCGCCGGGUGCUAUUACUGGCCGUUCGAAUGGUUUCCUUAAGGCGUCGUCCGGAAGGGGGGACGGCAGGCGACCCUAAAGGGAGGGUGACAUUGCAUCUGUUCUUUGCCCUCCAUUUCCAUUAUGAGACACAGUCGUUGCGGACAUAUGAGAUCCACACACAACAACUUUACGCAUAUUGCCUCGGUUCUGGGAACCCACCGUCAAUCCAUCAUCCCUUGUCGAUACUUACCUCGCCCGGUUCUCGUAGGCAGGCAGGUAGCAUCGGGCGUUCAGCCUUAUGAAUCGAUAGGCGCCGUAGCUGUCGAAGCCCUAUGAAGGCGUGGAUGAUGGAUGCGGCAGGAUCCGUUCCAUCCGACCAUUGGACCAGGGCGUCGCACAUUAACGAGAGACGGUCGGCCAGCUGCAGAUGCGAGUGAGAUGCGACUCGAUAGGAGCGCUCGUUGUGCGACGGUGCAGGCGGCGACGUACAGAGAGGCGAGCAACCAGUUGAAUUCGAUCCGGUCCGUCUCGCUGGCACCGGAUUCGCUCGCCGGCCAUGAGCGAGCACUCGCGAGAGCCGGG